GGUGUUGGCCAUGGCACUGGUGUGGGAGUGCGGUGCGGCGGAGAGCAGGCGGGCAUGGAGGGUAUUUGGUGGAUGCUUCAUGCAUCCCUUUGUCUCUCACUUCCCCCUUUCGUACUCUCCUCCUCCUCCCAGUCCCCCAGGGUGGGUGGUGGCCAUGGCUCUGGUGUGGCAGGUGGUGGCGAUGGCCCUGGGUGGUGGCGAUGGCGCUGGUGUGGCAAUACGGGGCAGCGGAGAGCAGGCGGGCAUGGAGGGGGCUGGCAUGGGGGAUGGUGCCUCUUCUCAUGGGCGCCAUGUAGCUAAGGGAGUGCUACAGCUGGCUGCACGUACGGUUCUGUCUGUGAUGGCGUGGAGGGGCCUGGCAUGGGGGAUGGUGCCUCUUCUCAUGGGCGCCAUGUGUGCGUGCACGUGGCAUUUCUUCUACAACUCGCUGCAGCUAGAGGUGUGCUACUCACUCACACUCACAUCCCCCCAUGGUGCCUGUCCUUAUGGGCGCCAUGCGCGCGUGCACGUGGCACUUCCUCUACAACUCGCCGCAACUAGAGAGGUGUGUGAUGCACAUGCAGGCAUGUGGCACCCAGAGGUGUGUGAUGCACAUGCAGGCAUGUGGCACCCAGAGGUGGUCUCGUGGCGUUACAGGUCUCGUGGUGCUACAGUCCUUCAUGACCCUCCUUGGCAACUGCACUCUCAACUUUUGAGUGGAGUGAAAGUGCACCUGUCCUUCAUGACCCUCCUUGGAAACUGCACCGUCUGCUUUGCUGCCUUCCGCAUUUACCAGGCAUCCACCAAGGCUGCUCCAUAG